AUGGCCGCCCCCCAACCGGUCGCGUCUCCUAGACGCAGUCGAGGUUUCAGUUUGAGGUCGGAGAAUUCCCAUCAUUCCAGCAACUCUGGCCAGAAAAAAACCCAUCAUCGCACCGAAUCUGCUGAGGAAAAGGCCAAACGCAAUCUACAUACCAAAGCCGACCCGAUGGUUGCUAUGAGCGAAGCGCAACCCAUGACGGUUGCUCUGGAGAAAUCGAACCUGGGUUCCUUGAGGGACAUGGAGCACAAGGAUCAGUACGGGAAUCCGAUAACCGAACCCGAUCUUUCCAAUCCCACCCGCCCUCGAUUCGAGCGUCCGUUGGACACCAUCCGGUCCUUCGAGGCCGCAAUAUAUGGUACCUACAACAGUCGACCGGUUUCGUACGCGAAAACAGCACCCAAUGGACACCUGAAUCGCGGCUAUAGCGAACAGAGCGCAUACCACAAUGGCCGAGGGCCGUAUUCGCGACCGGAUAGUUUCGUCGACAACUAUGGCGACGGACCGCCCCCGGAGAACUAUUAUCCCUAUAAUCAGAGUGGCAGGAGACCGCGACGCCAGCCGCGCAUGAGUUCCGAGCACGCAAUGUACGGGCAAAAUUACGGUCAGAACGGAUAUGCUCCGAAUGGACACAGCCAGAAUGGAUACCACAAAUCCUACGAGAAUGUGACGGCGUCAGGCUCGGGCAGCAACACCGACCAAUGGGGCAAUUCGACCGAUCCCAGCUCCGUGAACAGUUCGAUCGACCAGCUUCAGCAACAACAGCAGAUGCAGCGGAUGGAGGAGAGGGCGAUGGCAGAGCAUUACGGAUUCCAGGGAUUUGGCCCGGGGCCCAACCUGGAAAAUCAGACAAUGUCCGGGGCGGCUGGAACGGGGCCCGGAAGGAUCAACCUGAGCAAAGAUCUCCCAGCCACCGAUCCGACAGCUGGCGGCCCCGUGGGCGGGCCUGUUGGUGGACCACCAGCUGCGACUGCCGCACCCACUCGUCGCCAUCUGCGCAAAUCGACCAAUGCGUCGGACGUCAGCGAUACAAACUCCAAGCGAAAGAGCUGGUUCAAGCGACGCUUUAGCAAGAACAACUAG